AGAAAAUUAAUCUAUAAAAAAGAAAAAGAAAAAUGAAGAGCAACGCGUUUUCUCAAACAAAAAAACAAAGAAUUGAAGAAACAACUCACUGUUCCUCUCUUUCUGUCCCUCUCUCCUCUUUACUGUUGGUAGACUCUGUGUCACGACUCCAAUUUAAAAAAUAGCAGCCCCAAAUUAGGGCUAGGGUUAAGGCUUUGAGGUGUUUCCAAGAGAGAAGGAGAGGGAGACGAGGGAAGGGUCCGGCCGGAGCUUUUCGAGGACCCUUCAGUAAUGGGUCGUUAUUUCUUCAUCGUGAAAUGGCACCAUCUCCACAACCACAAGCCGUUGAAGCUCUUGAUUUUGCUAUUGGUUUUGUUUUCAGCUCAAAAUGGAGUGGUUCGGGGCUCCGAUUCGGAUAAAUCUGCGCUUUUGGAGCUCAAGGCCUCAAUUUCGGACCCGUACAGAGUGCUGAGCAGCUGGGGUUCGACAAACCUGAAUCCCUGCUCGUGGGCAGGGGUUUCGUGCGGCCCGGGUUCGCGAGUUGUGGCGCUGAAUAUCACCGGCGGAGGUAAUUCCUUAUCUUGUGCUAGAAUUGCUCAGUUUCCGCUGUAUGGGUUUGGGAUUAGGAGGAAUUGUUUGGAUGGGAAUCGUAAAAUUUUGGGUAAACUGUCUGCUGCUGUUGCUAAGCUUAGUGAGCUCAAGAUUUUAUCGCUUCCUUUCAAUGAAUUGAGUGGUGAAAUUCCUGCUGAAAUUUGGGGUAUGGGGAAGCUCGAGGUACUUGAUCUUGAAGGGAAUUUGAUCUCGGGCACUUUACCCUCUCGAUUUAGUGGGUUGAGGAAUUUGAAAGUUCUUAACUUGGGAUUCAAUAAAAUCUCUGGAGGGAUGCCAACUUCUUUGUCAAAUUGUAUGGGCCUUCGAGUUCUGAAUUUAGCUGGCAAUCAGUUGAAUGGGUCGAUUCCUGGGUUUGUGGGCGGGCUUAGGGAUUUGAGUGGGCUUCACUUGUCGUUUAAUCUGCUCAGAGGAUCUAUUCCAGUCGAGAUUGGUGAUAAUUGUGUGAAGCUCCAGCAUUUGGAGCUCUCUGGGAAUUUCUUGAGUGGUGGUAUUCCAAGAGAAAUCGCAAAAUGCAGUGGGUUGAAGACCCUUCUGCUGUACUCGAAUCUGUUGGAGGAGGUUCUUCCUAGUGAGCUUGGUCAGUUACGUCAGCUUCAAGUGAUCGACGUUUCAAGGAACAAUUUUGGCGGCCAUAUUCCGCCUGAGAUUGGUAACUGUACAAGUCUUUCAGUCCUUGUAUUGGCAAACUCAUGGAAUCCUCUUCCAAAUGCUUCGAGUUUGGGUAUGGAGAAAUUGGAAUUGCCCGUUGAUGAGUACAAUUUCUAUGAUGGCACACUUCCAAAUGAGAUUACUCGUCUCUCAAGCUUGAGGAUGGUGUGGGUGCCUAGAGCAAUGUUGGAAGGGGACUUCCCCGAUAGUUGGGGUUCCUGCAGCAACUUGGAGAUGUUGAAUUUGGCUGCCAACUAUUACUCGGGGAAAAUGCCCGUCAGCUUUAGCAACUGCAAGAAGCUGCAGUUUCUUGAUUUGAGCUCAAACCGGCUUGGUGGGGGGAUCAGCAACAAAGUUCCUGUACCUUGUAUGAAUGUGUUCGAUGUCAGUGGGAAUUAUUUGUCGGGUUCAAUACCCAGAUUCAGUUACGAAUCUUGUGCUCCUGUGAAAUCCUCAUAUGAAGAUUCUAUAGGAACUUAUGAUCCUCCUUCUGCAUACAUAUCGUAUUUUAGAUAUAGAGCCCAGCUCGAAUCCUCUUUGCAACUUUCUGGAGAUGGAGAUAGUUUCUUGGUAUUGCAUAACUUUGGCUCGAACAACCUCAGUGGCCCCCUGCCACCAAUGCCUAUUGCAUCCGAGAUAUUAGGAAGGCAAACUGUUUAUGCAUUUCUUGCAGGCAGAAACAGGCUCUCCGGGACUUUUCCCGGAGCUUUGUUGGAGAAGUGUGAUCAAGUUAGAGGUGUCAUAGUCAACGUAAGUGACAAUGAGUUAUCCGGUCAACUCCCAGCCGAGAUGGCCACAGCGUGCAAGUCCCUCAUAGUGCUAGAUGCUUCCAAGAAUCGGUUUUCUGGGACUCUACCAACCAGCAUUGGCAACUUGGGUUCACUUGUUCUUCUUAAUUUAAGCUGGAAUCCCUUGCAAGGUUCGAUUCCAAGCAGCCUUGGUCAGCUAAAGGGUAUUAAACGUCUUUCUUUGGCUGGAAAUAAUCUGAAUGGUUCAAUUCCUGUGAGUUUGGGGCAGCUUUACUCUCUAGAGGUUCUUGAGUUGUCCUCAAAUUCUCUAUCUGGUGAAAUUCCAAGAAAUCUUGCGAAUUUGAGGAACUUGACUGUUCUCCUCCUCGACAAUAAUAAGCUAUCGGGGCAGCUCCCCUCUGAACUCGGAAACAUAUCCUCUAUCUCAGCGUUUAAUGUGUCGUUCAACAAUCUGUCUGGGCCACUGCCUCUCAACAGUAACAUGAAUCAAUGCAAUAGCUUUCUUGGGAAUCCUUUUGUGCAUUGCCCCGUGUCCUCUUUGUCGUCACCAUCUGCAGAGCAGCAAGGAAUAAUGGGGAACUCAGCAGACACGGCGGCUUCUUCGCCACCAUCAACUACAAGGCAACAAGGAGGCAGUCUAAACUCGGUUGAGAUUGCUUCUAUAACAUCAGCAGCAGCAGUGUUUUCGGUCUUUCUUGCCCUCGUUGUUCUCUUCUUCUACACCAGGAAGUGGAAACCGAGGUCCAGAGUUAGCGGAACUGCUAGGAAGGAAGUGAUCGUCUUCAAUGAUAUUGGAGUUCCGCUGACCUUUGAGAACGUGGUGCGUGCCACGGGCAGCUUCAACGCGAGCAACUGCAUUGGCAACGGAGGUUUUGGGGCGACAUUCAAAGCGGAAAUCGCGCCCGGUCACUUGGUGGCCAUCAAACGCCUCGCAGUUGGCCGUUUCCAAGGAGUUCAGCAGUUCGAUGCAGAGAUCAAGACCCUAGGCAGGCUCCACCAUCCGAACCUCGUGACCCUGAUCGGAUACCAUGCCAGUGAAACGGAGAUGUUUCUGAUAUACAACUAUCUACCCGGUGGCAAUCUGGAGAAGUUCAUACAGGAGAGAUCGACCAGAGCUGUUGAUUGGAGGAUACUGCACAAGAUCGCUCUCGACAUCGCACGGGCGCUCGCAUACCUGCACGACCAGUGCGUGCCCCGUGUUCUCCAUCGCGACGUCAAGCCUAGCAACAUACUGUUGGACGACGAGUACAACGCUUAUCUUUCGGAUUUCGGGCUGGCCAGGCUUCUUGGAACCUCGGAGACGCACGCCACCACUGGCGUGGCCGGGACAUUCGGGUAUGUGGCCCCAGAAUAUGCAAUGACCUGCCGCGUCUCGGACAAGGCGGACGUGUACAGCUACGGGGUGGUGCUGCUCGAGCUGAUCUCGGACAAGAAAGCCCUAGAUCCGUCAUUUUCGUCGUAUGGGAACGGUUUCAACAUUGUUGCUUGGGCGUGUAUGCUGCUGCGGCAGGGGCGUGCCAAGGAGUUCUUCACGGCUGGAUUGUGGGACGCGGGGCCGCACGACGACUUGGUGGAGGUGUUGCACUUGGCGGUGGUGUGUACGGUGGACUCGCUGUCGACUCGGCCGACCAUGAAGCAGGUGGUACGGCGGCUGAAACAGCUGCAGCCGCCGUCGUGCUAGCAGCAGUUUAUAGGGUUAGAGAGGUGGUUUAGGGAUGUGGGGGUGUAAUUGUAGCUACUUGUAAAUUGAAGUAUAGCUUCCUUGUCCCAUUUUUCCCUACCAUGUCCUAGAUUAGGAUCUCAACAUUGUAGAAGAAUGCAGAUAUUUGUUAAAGAUAUGCUGUAUACUUGUAUUUUUAUUUCUCAUCUCUUGCUCAAAUAAUAUCAAGCCACAUGCUUCCCUUCA